UUAAUGCAUUUUUUAUUGCAGAACCCUGUUUACAAUAACCUACGACCAAACCUUUUCAUUUUUAUUUUCAGGAACUUUUUUUGCAAUUUGUGCAAAAAGAUGUCUGCAUUGUAAUAAUUUUUCUCCUUUUGAGUUCUCACUGUAUGUUAAAUCCUUUUUCAUUGUCAUCUUUUAAGUGUUUCACCUUAGGUUUCACUCCAAAACUCUGCAAAUAUUCUGUCUAGGACUUUUUUUUUUGCUAUGUAAAAGAAGCAAUGAACUGCAUCUACAAAUAUUAAUAUUAGAUAAGUGUAUGAUGGUAAUUAAGUAGAUCUGAGGUUUAAUUUUAACCGGUUGUGUACAGGUUCCUGACCUACAUAAGCCUCAGGGGAUGAGGCAAGGCACAAGUAAAUCUAUGGCAUCUAGUUUCUCCUGAAGAUAUCAGGCUCUUUAUCUGGGCUACUUGUGGGUCCUCAUGAUGAAAAGAUCAAUACUUUUUACUAUGGGUAAUAGGAGACCACACUAUCUUUAACAAGCAAUUUAUUCCAUGUAUAAAUUAUACCGUGUUUGGAGGUAUCAGAACAGUUUAUUUUUUGCUCCACGGCAAACACGUAUUUAUGAAAUGAUGGAGACUGGUGUUUUUUCUCUAUCCAUAUAUAGGAUUUAAGCCUGUCAUUUCCAAAGAUAAUGUUGGACACAAUCUUUUUUUUAUAGCCACCGCUGUUAACCACAAAUAGCCCAGUAUGAAUAUUCCUAGCCACAAUAUUUGCAGCUCCUUUUCUUUUCCUGCUUCCUCUCAGCAUGACCUACUCCUUCUGUGAUUAACACUCAUUCUUCAUCCCAUUCCCAGGCCGCCACUGCAGUGCAAGUGUAACUAAAGUCUGACUGUAGUGUUAAGUUUCUAGCAUUCGCCUUCUCUCAUAUGAGGAGUCGGUAACCAGUAGACAAAUUUGCAGUGGAAGCCACCUAAGCAGCAGCAUGUCACGGAUGGACAGUUUAAAGGAGAUCUUUGGGGUGACAAGAGAGACCAGAGGUUAAUCUUGAGUAAGAAAAAAUCUAUAUAUAUAUAUUACAUGGUCUGCUCCUUACACUGCUACCAAAACAGGCUCUUGGAUUUCCAUCCACACCUUUGACUACUCUCCAACUGACUAUUUUUUCUUCCCACGUCCUUUUUUUCUUCUUCUUUUUUUUGCAAACAUACUGAGCACUGACACACUUUUGAAGAGGAAAGGACUCUUAAUUACACAUUCCAGAUGGCAUUCCUCUUGGUAACAUUAUAAAACCCAUCUUAAGCAACUCGGCGCUGACGACAGUUCUGAGCAGCUGAGAACCUCCAUGAGUUUCUGGAAAAAACAAAACAAUGAAAAGGAUAUAAAAAAAAAACAAUUGUCUUCAACUGGAUUGCUUGAACAAUGUAGCAUCUCUGCUAACAUAUUGUAGCAUCUGUUGGCUGGAUUCAAUCCAUCAACAGCUCACAUACUGAGGAAUUUAUGCAUUCAACGGAUCUUCUAGAUGUCAUUUUCCUCUUGGGUUGCUUUCCAGUGAAGAAAAAAAAAAGAAAGAGUACAUGAGAGUCAAAAGAUGGACCUUAUUCAUUACAUGACAUCCCAUAAAUGCACAAUUAUGAGAUCAAUCACACUGUAUUGAACAGCACCCUCAAACAGCUCUGUGUCAAAGUUAGCACUUGUAUAGAACCUGUGUCUUCCAUUAGCUUCAAUGAGAUUGAAACACUGCCCCCCUCACCUGUGGUAAUGAAGCAUAUGUAGCAUCAGCUCAAAUCAUGGAUGUGUAAUCUCUCACCGUGGAUGAAAAAGGCCCAUUUUAUCUCUCAUGUACUCAUGUAGACUUGCACGAAAAUCUAAGUGGGAUACCAAAGGUCCUAUGGCAUGCACUUGCUGAACGGCCAACUGUAUUGUAUAGUAGAUUGGGAGAAAUAUUCAAUGCAGAGAGGACAGAAGCCUCGUUGUUAAACUGACCAUUGUCCCUCUGUUCUUUAACUGCCACUCAUCCUACAUCUGGAUGCACAUAUGCACAAUUAAGUCUUUUCUUAUCGUUAACAGACUGACGCUGUCACAAAAACAAAUGACUCACAGAAUCAAAAGAAACAGUGACGUCAGUCUGUUGUGCUAGCCUGCCUAAUUUAAAGUGAAUUCUCCCACACAGGUGUGUAUAAUCAAGGACUGGUUUCAGCUCCUGUCUUAUUUUGAAAGGGACCAAUCUGACAAAUAUGUUUCCCAACAUAGAGAUCAACACUGCCAAUACGGCAUAACAUUCUCCAGACGCAUACUGCCCUGUCUCUCUCUUGUCCCUCUUGCUAUCAACAACUGCUUCACUGGCAAGUCAGUGUCCAGAUAAAGAUUAGCAAAGCCUUUCGGCAAAAGGGUAAAAUGAGAAGAAAUGGACCAAGAGUAGAGUGAGCACGGACGUGUACAAAGAGAACAAAUCUAUAUUUUGAUAAACAAUUCUACAGCUCUUCAUGACGUCAGAGGAUGGAAAGGUCCGGGAACGCAGGAAUAAAAGUCCAACGCAAAUGUGAAAAGAAGAUUUGCAUUUGUGAAAUGGAGUUCCAGAAAAAAAAAGGAUCCAAAUAAAUAUUCCUCAUGAGGGGUGUGCAACAUUUUUACCCCAGAAGCACUGGGAAAUGUCUUUUUUGUUCCCUAUUUUGUCUCUUUCUUUUGUUCGUUUUUUUUUUUGAAAAACAUUAAGCAAAGACUGAGUCUUUCUUGCACAGACAUGGGGAAGACAAAGGAUGGACACAAAGUAAAACAAAUAAAAAAAAGAUAAUGCAUUUUUGUAACUUUGUUUACCAGCAUGACAACUUUGCAUGACUGUCUUUUCUGCAAGCCCUUAGUUGAAGACAAGGGUGCUAGAGAUACAAAAAAGUAUAUAUAAAACAAUUAAAAAAGUGUUAUAUGCAAUUAAUGUUUUAAAAAAAGAUUAUAAUGAAAGAGAAGAGCUAUAUUUUGUUUUGAAAAGUAAAAAAAUGUGAAUAUUGAAACAUGUAUGUUUGCAAAGUACACCCCAAAACUAUGUUUUGUUUAAUGAAAUCUCUCUGCUAUUACUGCCCUACACUCUUCAUUCCAGUGUUUAUGAUCUCUGCCAUACUUUUAUUUGUAAUGCAUUACGCAGUAUAUUUUCUAAAAUAUUCAAUCAAUAGCCUUUGCCUGUAGCAUCUGUGCAAAGGACACUUAUUGUUGUUGAUCACCAUGUUUCUUUCUGAGUUUCUUUGCACAACUUCCGUAGCAGAACAGCAGUAGUUCUAAAACAACAGCUCUCCAUAUCACAGUGUUGAUAAGUAGUCAUGGUUUGCUUUCUUUACUUUAAUUUGGCAAUAAUACUAGAGUUGUCACAUGACUGUAGCAGGUAAAAACGGAGAACCUCGAGUCCUUGAAGCGUCUUCAAAGCUCAAGCCUUGAGAGGAUUUUCAAAGGGCCUUGAGUGCCCUGAAUGGAUGGAAGGGUUUUGUUAGGAUAGGCAGUUCCGUUCCACUUGCACUGAGUUGAAAAGCAAAAUCCUAGAUGUAGCUCACCCAGUAAAGAUUAGUGACAUAAGGGAGGAUGCUACACUUUCAAAGAAUCAGGAAAGAUUUCAGGUUUUGCGUGGAACAAACUGCCAUUCCAAAGUUUUGAUGUUGUUUUAAGGACUCAGGUGUGCCAAUAGUGUGUGGAUGUAGGUGUUUUUGCAGUUUCUUUUAAUCAUAAUGAAUUCUAGUAUAUAGGCAACAAUAAUGUGAACACCUCACAGUGAUGUGUAAAAAAACGCAUGCAUUAUGACUUGAUAAUCUCUCUUAAGGGGGAACGGAGUCUUGACAUUUCCCCCUAACCUUCUGUCAUUGUCAUGAAUCUUGCCCCGGUAAAUAUAAACACUGUGCCGUGUUGUAUGUAGAGCAGAAACGUCUUCCUCAGAGAGGCAACUGAAAACUACUCACACUCGCAGUGUCAGCAUGAGUGUGUAGAGGUAGCUCGUCUUUGUUCCUUUAGAUGGUCAGGUCUUUUGCAUCCACCAUUGUUUUUUAGAGUUGCCGUCUCCUGCUGGCUAGCUCGUUGCCGUACACAAUGCCGCCAUAGAAGAGCAAAUCAAAGAGACUCAGAGCUUCCAAAAAUGAUGUCAGAGAGUGAGAGAUGGAGGUUACUAGUGAAGAGAAGAUAGAUUAGAAUCAAGCAGUAUUUGUAUCCCUAGUGAGUUUAAGACCCUGCUGGUCCGGGGCUCAGCUCAGGCAGCUGAAUGGUCCUCUUACCAUUCCCAGUUUAUUUCAGUGGGAGGCUCACCAGAACAUGAGAGUCCUUGUGAUAUAGACUUCUGACAGUAUUAAACAGCUCUGUUGAUUAAUGUGCUGGUUUUACAGGGUGUGUAAACUUUUGUCAAUUUGCAGGAAAUGGUUUUGUUUUGGUCCUCUCUCUUUUGAAGCUUUCAGUUCCCAUUAUUUGAAGGCAUCGGCCUACUAUGGCUCGGAUGGUCACAUGGAUGUUCAUGAGCGUUUUAGAGGUAGUGUGCACAGCUGUGAAAUCUUUGUGCUUCACCCAGCUGUUUGUGCUUUUCUGGCCACGUAGUGUCUUUUUCUAACAGCAUUCCCUCACUGUUAGGCCAGCCAUGUCUAUAUUCCUCCACUUUGUGACUGCUCUGCCAAUGUGAGACUGAAAAAAGAUGUCUUUCUUUUCCAAUGCAUAAUACUGCCAUUUGAUUUAGACACGUUCAGCCGAAUGGGUUACAAUGUCGAGAGUGCUAAGUCUGUUUUAUUUCCAAAAGAGUUGCAAUCUGUUAGAGAACAUACCACCUCAUACAACCCAAAUAAAUAAAAAUGCUUUAGAUGAUAAGUAGGUCGCAUAGACAGUAACUGUGCUUCAGCACAUUAUUAUGACAUUUCCUCUGUAGGUUCUUUAGAGGCUGUCCUAUGAUUGUUCCCACUUACAUCCUGUCCAAUUUCUUUUCUUCUUGCCUGUUUCUGUUUAAUAUGUUUCCGUAUGAUCCUUUUUGUUGGGGAAAUUGUAUGCAAUCUGCACCACGAAUGCCGCUGAUUGACACUUACUGUAUUGCUGUGCAGCCAUCAGUUCAGAUGAUUGCAACCACAUGUGUAGUGGCGCUAUGGCUUUCCAUAGAAUUACCUAGCAAUCAGUCUUGUCUAAAGAUAAUUUAUUUUAACAAAUUAAUAUGACCAGAUUUAUUUUAGAGGAAAUUAUAUCAAACUGAAUACAUUUUUCUAACGUACUAAACGUUAUUUUCUUUAGAAAAAAAGCAUCAAAUCUAUAUACAUAAAUACCAUUUAUUGUUAUUUGCAUUAAUGUAAGCAUUCCAAAGAUUAAUUUUACAUGCUAUCAAAUGUAUAAAACAGACUUAAGUACUGGUUCAUUGUACUGUGGUCUUAGUAGGAGUGUGAAUGGGAAGAAGAGGAGGUCACUGGAGCAUCUAGUUGUGACUUAAGCCAGAUUUCAUUUUUGAAAUGUUGGGACACAAAGAACAAAUCAUCAAGAACUGUAUAAAGUAUAUUUCAAUGGAAUGUUCAUUACUUAUCUUUUUAUAUUUUCAAGAAAAAAUAGAUACAUAUCAAUAAAUCAUCAUAAUUGAACAUAUUUCUACUAUUGAGACUUAUGUAUGAAUGUUAACACGAUCUAAUGUGAACCAAUCUUCAUAGCAGCUUGAAGGAAUAACUGAUUAACAGUCGGGAGAUGCUUUUCUCAGAGACAUUAAAACUGCUUAAAAAUCAUUGAAGUCGACUUAAAAUAAAUGAAAAUUUAACCUUGAUUUUGUGUCUUUCUUUUGUUGAGUAGGCAGAUUUUUCUUUUUUAACUGAAAUGGGGGAUUUUGUACAAAGGAAUUUAGCAUGAUUGAUAAAAGGGGUUUGUUCUGAUUGUGACAGUUUAUCCAUGCCCUUGUCAGGAGCACAAAACCAUGUCACAGUGACUGACACGAUAACACUUGAAGUGGAGGCAGAAUGAAAAUCCAAAGUCUUCCGAGAAACAAAAGCAUGACAGAUCAGAUGAGACUGAAGGUUUGAGAACAUGCUGUGUUUCAAUGCAAGACAAGAAGUUUAUAAGUGUGAGGGAUUGUUCUUUGUCUCUAUUUUUGGGCUAAACACGUAAUCCUUUACAGGAUGUUAAAGUCAUCUGUGUCUGAUCUUUCUGUAACUGAUGUGAUAAUUCCGGUAGAGUUCCUGCUGUUUCAUAUCCAGUAGCUGAAACUUGAUCCAAACAUCCGACACACUGGAUCUGUUUACCCUCCUCUGUGAAAAUUAACGCAAAAAUUGCAUUUUCUAAGUUUUUAAAGAGAUGCCCAAACAAACAAACAAACAAAUCAGCUGCAUUAGAUUGUAUCACAUUACGUUUUUGAGUAGAAUUUCAGACAAAGAACUUCAAAAGGUUUGCUGUUUAAAUCGGAUUGAUGUUUUAUUUAAAUCAUCUGUCUGGUUUUUAAAAUAAUUAUUUAAGUAUAUGGGCAGCUUAAUUGUAAAAACAUUGAGCUUGAAAAUUUUUUUUUGUUUUCUUCUACUGGACUUUUGUUACAGUUCUAAAGAUUUCAGGUAUUAAAAGAGCAAUUAAAGUAAAUUACAUAGUGCAUUAUAAUGAGAUGCAGUUGUAAGGAUUCUAAAGGUUUAAAAUUGAAGCAAAAAAAGAUUAUUUUCUACAGGUUAAUCUAUAUUCCUCCACUUUACUGCGUAGAUAUUUUAGAUGGCACUGAAGGCAUUUUUAAGGAUCUCAUUGGCUCCUGAAACGUGAUCAAACUUUCAUGUGACCCAUCAGCCCUAUGAGAAGUGAGGUUUUCCACUAAGUGAAGGCAGCUGUGAGGAAAUGUCAGUAAAAGCCUCUUUCAGUAUUUUCCCUGCAAUAUAAAUGUAUAAAAAAAGAAAAAAACCUUCACCUCCCUCUGGUGGAAAAAAGUAGUACUGUCUGAUUGUUUAUCAGGAAAAGCAGUGAAGUACGAUUAUUUUAUGUAUCUCAAAAUUUACCCAAAAAUCAGAGCUGUGCGAUUUCCUCAUUAAAAUGAUCUUUAUAGCAAAUACUUAGAUGAGGCUAAUCUGUUGUAUGGGUUUGGAAUGGGUGUAACUAUCUAAAAUUAUUAAUAAACAUUUAAAUGAAAUCAAGUUUUAUAACAGAAACAUAUGACUACAGAGAGGCUGUAUUCUGUCAAAGAGUUCGUUGACAGUUAUUGUCCUUGAAUAAGACACUUAUCCCCACUUUGACUGAAAAGUCUUUGUCAGCCUGUGAGACUGUGAUAAACUGUGUGACACAGUCUAAAUACAUUAAAAGGGAACAUGCAUAAAGCCCUGCUAACCUUAACUACAAGCGGAGUUAUAUUCUUAUUUUUUUACUGACACUUUUCAGAAAUUCCUGGUAAAGGUUUUUCAGUUUAUGAAGCGAUUAUUUUAUGAGUCAACUUUAGUAUUUUAAUAAAUUAAACCAUGAAACAUCUAUUUUAGUCCAUCAUGUAUGAAUGGUAAACAAAGUAGAAGAGAUUGUAGAACUUGACGAAUGAAGACAGGUCUAACAGGAAGUAAAUUAUACAAAACAUGAGCGGAUUGUUUAUUACAAAACAGAAAAAAACUAUUUAACAACUGAAUUUAAUCGACUGAAUUCAGAAAAUUGGAAGAAAAACAAAAAUCUAAUUUCCUUGUCAAGCAAAUAUAAAUUAAGAAAUUAAAAACUAAAGAAAACAAUGAAAAAGUGAGAAUAAGCAGUAAGAUUUAUGACAUUUUUAAGUAAAUUUCUAAAAUUUGAAAAUAUGACAAAACUAUUCAGAAAUGCUCGAAAGAAACAAAAAAUAAUUUAGUCUUUAAAGAUUUUAGAGAAUAUAUAGUAGAUUUUUUUACGAUACAUCUUCUGUUGAAAAUCUGAUUUAAUUUAUGCCUGUUUAGCCCUGAUAAAUGUGAUAUUUCCCCUUAAAUGGCAAUUUGAUACUUCAUUUUACUCCAUGUGAAUGUUACUGUCACCUUUAUAAAUGAUUGUGACAUUGUUUUCUGUUUUAACAGAUUUAUUUGUAUUAGAAUGGAACAAUAAAUCCAAAUCAAGUUUCCUGUCUGUCAAGGAGCCGCUCCUUGCGGAACGAAUGUGACAUUUGAUAUGAAGGUUGAAUGUUGUCAUGCCUCAUGGCUAAAAGGGAGCGAAAGAACAGGGAGGGGUAGGAGGGAUCCGUUAGGGGUCCGAUUUCAGCACGGCAGCAUUCCCACUAAUUUUCAUGACGGACAACGUGAGACAGCAAGGGACAGGGCACGAUCCUCUGUGUUCCCAAAGCAAACAACUGGAAGCUAAGUUGGUGUCCAGUCCGCUAUAGUGAGUUAACCUGACACAGAGGAACCUGUGCUGACCACAAGCAAACGGGAGCUGAUGUGCAUGUGACAGGCAGACAGGAUGAAGACAAGAUAAGGCAACCUGAUGAGUCGAAGGAGGCAAGCGAUGUGAUUUUUUGGGGGCAUCAUCUGUCAGCAGCUGUUUUUCAUCCAGUGAGUGACUUCUGUGUUCAUGCGGAACACCACAUUUGCUUGUUUGUCUUUUAUUCAUUUUUUUUUUUAAAGAAUAAAAUCUAUUCCAAUACUAAAUUUUAAAAAAAAAUUGACCAAACAGACUUUUCUGAAUAAGUCCUCCCAUGUUUUUACUUUGCCUUGACUUGUUGACUUAUUAAUAUUGAUUCUUGAUUGGUUUUACUUUUUGUCCAGGUGUUUAAAAAUUUGCUGAAAAUUGACUCUUAGAUUUUUUUUGUGGGGGGGGGAUUUGGAUGGAAUCAACAAUGGAAAACAAUGACCAACAGGCCGACAAUGGAAAUGAUGGAGUAAAAGAGGAGCAUGUAGAGAAAGACAAACAUCUGAAGAACCAGCUUAACAGUGAGGAAAAAGGAGAGAAGGAGAACAACGGAAAUGAAAAAGAAAGGAAAAAAGACAGACGUUCAGGUAUCCUAUGGAGAAACGGAUGGGUGCUGGGGGAAAGACUAGCCAUCAAUGUCUCAGGAAUGCGCUACGAAACUCAACUCCGUACCUUAGCCCAGUUCCCAGAUUCCAUGCUUGGUGAUCCUAGGAGGAGAUCACGAUACUUUGAUCCACUUCGAAAUGAGCUCUUCUUGGACCGUAACCGAGCUUGUUUUGAUGCCAUCUUAUAUUUUUACCAGUCGGGCGGCAGGCUUCGCAGGCCUGCUAACAUACCCUUGGACAUUUUCAUGGAUGAGCUCAGAUUCUAUGAGCUUGGAGAGGAAAUCCUGAAUCGCUUUAAGGAAGAUGAAGGUUUCCCAAAAGAGGAGGAGAGACCUUUACCAUCCAACGAGAUCCAGAGAAAACUGUGGAUGCUGUUUGAGCACCCAGAAUCCUCAUCAGGUGCUCGAAUCAUCGCCAUCAUCAGCGUCAUGGUGAUCGUGUUGUCUAUCCUCAUCUUCUGUCUGGAGACAAUCCCUGCCCUGAAAGCUGAUAAAGAGGAUUUCCACUCACAUUCAAAGAACGGUUCUGAAAACGGUUCAUCCUUACCAAGUAUUUUCCAUGACCCUUUCUUCAUUGUGGAAACCAUUUGCAUUUGCUGGUUCUCCUUUGAACUUGUAAUGCGCUUUGCAAGCGCUCCCAGUAAAAUGCGCUUCUUCAAGGACAUCAUGAACAUCAUUGAUUUCAGCGCCAUCUUGCCUUAUUUUGUUACUCUGGGAACAGAGCUAGCAAAAACCAAUGAUUCCUCUCCAGGCACUUCCUUGGCCAUCAUUAGAGUCAUCCGGUUGGUGAGAGUCUUCAGGAUCUUCAAGCUGUCUCGGCACUCCAAGGGUCUUCAAAUCCUGGGCCAGACCCUGAGGGCGAGCAUGCGAGAGCUCGGCCUGCUAAUCUUUUUCCUGUUCAUUGGUGUCAUUCUCUUCUCCAGUGCCAUAUACUUUGCUGAAGCCGACCACAACACCACUGACUUUGUCAGCAUCCCACACGGAUUCUGGUGGGCUGUCGUCACCAUGACCACCGUGGGAUACGGUGACAUGUAUCCAGCCACAGUGUGGGGUAAAAUGGUGGGCUCCAUGUGCGCCAUUGCUGGCGUGCUCACUAUUUCCCUGCCUGUGCCUGUCAUUGUGUCCAACUUCAGCUACUUUUACCAUCGAGAGACUGAAUGUGAAGAUCAAACUGAGUACAAUCAUGUCCAGACAAUGCUGUGGGAGGAUGAGGAGCUUGACGAAGAUGAAAUAGAGGAAGGCGAUAGGGAUCCAGAAGAUGAGUAUAAUGCAUCUGAAGGAAUCUGCAAUCCCUUAAACGGAACUUUACUUGGUGGACGUUGUGCAGAUCUGACUGUGGAGUAUGGAAAGGUCAAUACAUUUCUAGGAGAACCAUUGGUUACUCAAGUUUAGACAAAAGUGACUGUUUUGUCCAAGAAGCCAAAAGAAAUUUCACUGAGAUAAGAACAAUGAUCUACAAACAGGUUGGAGAUAAUUACAGACCUACACCACCAAAUAAUACACUGAUUUGCAACUAUUUAUUGCUGUGUAAAUUACAUUUAAAACUCAUUUUCAGUCAGUUUUUUAUUCUCAGGGUCAUGUUUUUGAAAUAUUGUGCUUUUUUAUGAAUAGCCAAACUUGGAUUAGUCUAAUUUUCUAAAAGCUUGUACCUUAAAACUGUGAUGUCUUAGUCAUUAUUACUAAAAGCUUUUUAGAUUGUUGACCUUUAAGUCAUCAUGUGUCACCACAAACCAAUAAAGCAUCCUAGAAACACUGAAAUCUCACAGAUGACAGCUCAACAUUUUUUAAAUUAACAGUUAAAAUGCUAUACUUUUAGAGUUUAAAAGAAAUAAACCACUGGAAUGGCAUAAUCACUGCUGAUUGGUUGAAUAUUGCAUUUGGUGCAAAGUUGAAGAGUUAUGGAAAAUAAUGUUUUCUGGGCUGACUUGUGCUCUCACCAAUUUCUAUCAAAUAAAGAUUUUGUUUUUCAAUUAUUUUUUUGCUAAAUACAAUCAACGUGUGAACUGUUGAAAUGAUGUUUCACUUUGUCAGUCAAUAAAGGAAGAAACAGUGAAAUACAAAUGUAAAACAAAACAGAAAUAAUUAAUGUAAAGGUAAGUAUAGCUUUCCACAAGUAAACUGCCUUGAUUUUUUUUUUAGAAAUAAAUAACAGAAAUGUUUUAUUUUAAAAAUAAGAAAAGCUAAAAGUCUAUAAAACAAAUUUCAUUGCAGAUUAGCCAAACACAUUCAACUUGUAGUAAUAUUACUAACCUGUUUAUAAGGCUUUCUUUUUAUUACUGCAAUGUUUAAGUUUCCCUUACUGGGUGUUUCAUUUCCAAUGUUGAACAAAUUAAAUAUGU